AUCGUAUUGGUGGUUGUGGCUGUAUAUCGCCAACAAUGACAACGGAAAUGACAGCUGCAGCAAUUGCAAUUGAAGCAAUGAUGGAAAGUGAUCUAAUAUUACAGGCAUUAAAUGGAUUUUUAUUGAUACUCACCUGCGAAGGUGAAGUAUUCUAUACAUCGCACACCGUUGAAACCUAUCUUGGUUUUCAUCAGUCGGAUAUUUGUCAUCAAAGUGUAUAUGAAUUAGUACAUUCUGAAGAUCGUGAAGAACUACAACGCCAUCUAAUGUGGAAUUCAAAUCUACCGGCUGAUCGUUCAACAAUGAAAUUUGCUGAAAUAUUAUUGAUUGAAAAUUGUCAUCUUCUUGAACGUAAUUUUACCGUACGAUUCCGUUGUCUAUUGGAUAAUACAUCAGGAUUUUUGCGUUUGGAUGUACGUGGCCGAAUCAAAGUAUUACAUGGUCAAAAUCAUAAAAGUGAAGAACCACCAAUGGCAUUGUUUGCCGUUUGUACACCAUUCGGUCCACCAUCAUUAUUGGAAAUGCCAGCCAAUGAAAAAGCAUCAUUUAAAUCUAAACAUAAACUUGAUUUUUCAAUGGUCUCAAUGGAACCUAGAGGCCGUUCAUUGCUUGGUUAUAAUGAAUCCGAUAUAGCUAAUCGCGGUGGUUAUGAUCUCAUCCAUCAGGACGAUCUCUUCUUUGUGGCAAGCGCUCAUCAAGAAUUACUCAAAACUGGAGCUUCAGUGAUGAUCGCAUAUCGAUUAGUGAGUAAAGAUUGUCUCAAAUGGCAAUGGCUUCAAACUAGUGCACGUCUAGUGUAUAAGAAUAGCAAACCGGAUUUUAUUCUUUGCACACAUCGUCCAUUGAUGGAAGAAGAAGGUCGUGAUCUAUUGAGUAAACGAACCAUGGAUUUUAAGGUGACCUAUCUGGAUGGUGGACUUGGAGCCAUCACUGUUAAUAGAACUAAUUGCAGUACCAGUAAUGGUGGAUCACAAACAAAUUCAUGUAAUUUUCUCAACGAUUCUAAUGCACAAUCAUCAUCUUCAGGUGCCACAACGACUACAAAUAAAACAGCUAAUGAUAGUCCUACUGGUAAACAAACUAAAUCAUCGAAAUCCGAACGAUCAACAUCUCGAUCAUCAUCGAGAAAUACAAAUAGCGUCAACAGUGUUUGUGAUGCCAAUGGUAAUGCAACCAGUAAUGGUAGUCAUUCGGCAACCAAAUGUAACAAUGACAGCAAUACAAAUGCUAGUAAAUUACGAUAUCAGGCUGCCGAUUCAACUAGUGGAAGCAGCCAUAGUGAUAGUCAAAGCCAAAGUCAUAAUCAACGAAAUUCUCGAUCGAACAAUAAUACUAAAGGAUACAUGACUGCCACAACAAACAAGUCAUUAAAAUCCUCAUCAUCAUCAUCACUUAAAUCAUCAGCCAAAAAGAAUAAAUCAUCAUCCACAAACAUGUCAUCAUGUAUGUCUCGUUAUGAAUCGCCCAAUUCAUUUGCGAUGACAUCAAAUCAUACAAGCAGUAUUAAUAGUCAGCAUUAUCUUUCAACUCCACCAUUGGAAGCAAGUAAUGUGUUUGAUCGUAAUAACAGUCAAGACAAUCUCAAAAUAACCGGUGAUCGUAAUGUACAUUUUGAUUCAACUAUUGCGACCAUUACUAACCAUGCAAAUACAAGUACAACUAGUCUAGAAAUAUCGGAUAUAUCAAGUGCAAAUAUUCGACCAACAACAUCAAAUUAUACCAAUUCAAGUGGUGGCUGGUCAUCCGCUAUUCAUCAUCAUAGUAAUCCCUAUUCGGCACUGCUAGAUGAAUCAGGAAGUUUACAUUUAGCAAGUGAAGCACCUUCACAUUCAAUGCUUGGACAUCAGCAUACAGCCACAUCUGCAUAUCAUCAUCAUCAUCAUCAUUCUGGUCAUCCACAUUCUUUAUCGAUUGGUGGAUUAGAUUGUGGUACUGCAGCAGCUGCAGCAGCCGUUGCGGCUGCUGCAUAUAAUGCUGCACAUCAUAAUCCAGCAACGGUAGCUACAUCAACACCGCAUCAGCCAUAUAGCCAUCAUCAGACGAUUACAUCAUUGAAUAAUGAUUCUCUAACACCAUCAUCAUCACCGUUACAUCAACAUCGCCAACAAACACAUCAUACAGAAACUGGUCCAGAUACAGUCGAUACGGAUUCAACUCAGCCAAAUUAUGCUGGUAGUGUUUCUUCAGCUUUAAAUAUUGCUUUAACAUCAUCUGAAUCACCAAGUACAACCGAUGUUUCAAUUUCGGUGACUGCAUCAAAUGAUGUUGAACAUAAUGUUGGCCUUUUGAGUCGUGCACCAACUACAUCUUUUUUUAGUGCAGAGAAUCUACUCAACUAUUCUUCGACCACUCGACAUAAUCAAUCAACAAAUUAUGGAACUGGCAAUGCUUGUUCUUCGACUUCCGAAACAACAGGCAAUGAUAUCUAUGCUGUAGCUGCAGCUGCAGCUAUACAUCAACAACGUCAUGGCCAAUAUGUUAUGGGUGGACAUACAGCUGGUAGUCAUCCUUAUACUCAUCAUCAUUAUGGAACGGCCGCUAGCUCUUAUCAUCAUCAAUUACAUCAAAAUUCCGGUAUGGCUACUUCGAGUCAUCAUCAUCCACAUACUCAUACAUACAGUCAUGAUAAUUUGACAAACGAUGAUGGUAGCACAGCAAAUCUUAGUGGUGGUUAUCUUAGAAAUCCGGUUACUGGUUUUAUGUAUUCAGAUACGUUUUCUGGUUUUCAUGAUGCAAACAAUAGCACAACAACUACAACAACAAAUCCAUAUCGAUUAAGUAGUUCAUAUAACUAUGGUCAUCAUCAUCAUCAAAACAUGUCAUCAUUAAGCGGAAGUGAAGCGUAUUCAAUACACUGUAGCGGUACCGUUGCACAUUCUCGUAAUAAUCAUCAUUCAUCAUCAUCAUCAUCAUCAUCAACACAUCCACAUUUAACAUCAUCGUUGUCCAAUGGAUCUGAACAUUCAAAUUCAACAAGCACAUUUGGUUCAGUAUAUGGAACACAUUCGCAUCCACAUCUUGCAUUUGCCGCACAUCCAAGUUUAGCAGCGGCAAGCUGUUCAACAAAUGAAAUUAAUGCCCAUCAAUCGUUUUUCAAUGCAGCUGCCGCUCUAGAUCAUUCAGGUCAUCAUCAUCAUCAUCAACAUUCACAUCCACAUCAAACGACUGAUGCAUUUGCUGGUAAUUUUAAUAUGCAUGUACCACUGUGGAAUGGUCUUGGUAUGUUAUCUUCAGCAUCAUCUGUUUCUGCGACCACUACCAAUAAUCAUACGCCAAUAGUCACUGAUUUUUGUAAUGGAAGUUCAUUUUCAUCAUUUAAAACAUCACCACUAAGUAAUAAUGAUAAACAGGAAACAGAUGAUGAUCAUCCUGCACAUCAACAUCAUGAUGAUCAACAACAAUCAACGGGAAAUAAAAUGGAUCAAUAUUUUAAGAAACGAAAAUUAAAACAUUGUACAGCAAAUUCAUUGUCUAUUACAUUGAAUAAUACGAAUGGUCAACAUCAAGGCUCGUCUUCAUCAACAACAACAACAACAACAACAACAUCAUCAUCGGGCAUUGUUCAUUUAAAUCAUAAUCCAAUGAGCGCUGAUACACCUCCAGCUUCCUCUUCGUCAUCUUCUUCAAGUUCAUCGACAACAUUGAUUGAUGAAUACAAUCUAAAUGGUAAUGAUGACAAUGGCCGUAAACGACUUCGGUCAUCGGAUUCAAUUCUGGAACACAACAACAAUGAUGAUAACAAUAGCCAACCAAAUCCAUUACUUUGGAAUUCAUUGAUGGCUUCCACUACUUCAAACUCUUCACCAUCAGCGACUAUGCGGACAGCAUGUACAGCUACAACAACAUUGGAUUCAAAUAAUAAUAAAUCAAUCACAUCAGAUACAUUAAAUAUUAUGGGUCCAACAACACAAACAUCAACAUUAUUAUCAUCAUCAAUGAUAACACAUUUACAAAGUCAUCAACAAUCUAUGAUUCCAAGUGAAUGUUUUCUAUCACCAUCAUCGACAACCUCAUCGACAUCAUCAUUAAUAGCAGCCAAUUCUGGUAGUAAUAAUCAUCUUGAAUCAUCAUCAUCAUCAUCAUCGGCAACAACACCGUCUUCGGUUCCUUAUUCAUUGGUUGUAAUUCAUGAUCAAAAUACGGCAGCACCAGUAGCAAAUGUAUCAACAACAACAACAACAACAACAGCAACAGCAUUAGUAGCAACAACUCCUCCUGCAUCAUUAUCAACAAUAACAUCAUUGAUCGAUGCUACAAAUACUACCAAUAUUGUAUCAUUGGAUAUUGAAGCCAAUUGAUGAUGAAUGAAUAAAAUAAAUUUCAUGAGAAUUCAUUAUAAUCAUUAAAAAAAAAAAUUCCAUUACAUAAUUGAUAUGCGCAUAAAAUAACACCC